GCCCCAGUGAAAGGAGGAAGGAGAGAGAGAGAGAGAGAGAGAGAGAGAGUUCAGCCAGUGCUGUCAUUAACUAGUUAUGCUGUAGAGAGCUACUGGGGUAAAGUAUUCUACCUUCAGAAAACAGCACUAUAGAAAUUACAUACCAGACUGUGCAAAGCAAAACCCGGGAGGUGGGACUCUUGUCUCCGCUUCUGCCUCUUUCUUUCUCUCUCUCUCUCUCUGGCUCAUUUUAUAAAAAGUUUCUGGUGAUUAUGGCUGAUGUGAUGCAUAUGAACGACUCGUCCUCAGCGGACGUAGCGAACAGAUUCGCCCGUAAAGGUGCUCUGAGACAGAAGAACGUCCACGAAGUGAAAGACCACAAGUUCACGGCGCGGUUCUUCAAACAGCCGACAUUCUGCAGUCACUGCACCGACUUCAUUUGGGGGUUUGGAAAGCAAGGAUUUCAGUGCCAAGUUUGCUGUUUUGUGGUCCACAAGCGGUGUCAUGAGUUUGUCACGUUCUCAUGCCCUGGUGCAGACAAGGGGCCCGACACUGAUGAUCCUAGAAGCAAACACAAGUUUAAAAUCCACACGUAUGGAAGCCCCACGUUUUGUGAUCACUGCGGCUCCCUACUAUACGGACUCAUUCACCAAGGGAUGAAAUGUGACACUUGUGAUAUGAAUGUGCACAAGGUGUGUGUAAUGAACGUGCCCAGUCUCUGUGGCACCGACUUCACAGAGAGAAGAGGGCGGCUGUUUCUGAAGAUUGAAGUGACUGGAGACCAGCUGCAUGUCACAGUGGGAGAGGGGAAGAACCUGAUUCCGAUGGACCCGAAUGGAUCCUCGGACCCCUACGUGAAGCUGAAGCUGAUCCCAGACCCCAAAAACGAAACCAAACAGAAGACCAAAACCAUCCGCGCCUGCCUCAACCCCAACUGGAACGAAUCCUUCACAUUUAAACUGAAGCCCACAGAUAAGGACCGGCGCCUGUCUGUGGAGAUCUGGGACUGGGACCGGACGACGAGGAAUGACUUCAUGGGCUCCCUGUCCUUCGGGGUGUCUGAGCUCAUCAAGUCCCCUGCGUGUGGCUGGUUCAAGUUGCUGAAUCAAGAGGAGGGCGAGUACUACAACGUGCCCAUCUCUGAGGCUGACGAUGGGAACUUGGAGCUCAGGCAGAAGUUUGAGAAAGCCAGGCUCGGCCCCACUAAGAAGGUGAUCAGCCCUCCAGAUGAUAAGCAAAGUUUACCCUCGAACAACCUGGACCGGGUCAAACUGACUGACUUCAACUUCCUGGCUGUUCUGGGCAAGGGCAGCUUCGGCAAGGUAAUGCUGGCGGAGAUGAAGGGCUCGGAUGAGCUGUAUGCCAUCAAGAUCCUGAAGAAGGACGUGGUGAUCCAGGACGAUGACGUGGAGUGCACCAUGGUGGAGAAGAGGGUGCUGGCACAGCAGGACAAGCCACCCUUCCUAACCCAGCUGCACUCCUGCUUCCAGACUGUGGACCGCCUGUAUUUCGUCAUGGAGUAUGUAACUGGAGGAGACCUCAUGUACCACAUCCAACAUGUGGGGAAAUUCAAAGAACCACAAGCAGUGUUCUAUGCAGCAGAGAUUUCUGUCGGACUCUUCUUCCUGCACAAGAAAGGAGUUAUAUACAGGGAUCUAAAGCUUGACAAUGUAAUGCUGGACUCUGAGGGACACAUUAAGAUUGCUGAUUUCGGCAUGUGCAAGGAGAACAUGUUCAAUGGAGUGACAACGAGGACGUUCUGUGGGACCCCAGACUAUAUUGCACCCGAGAUUAUUGCAUAUCAGCCAUAUGGAAGAUCAGUAGACUGGUGGGCCUUUGGAGUCCUGUUGUACGAGAUGCUGGCCGGGCAGCCUCCCUUCGAUGGAGAAGACGAGGACGAGCUGUUCCAGUCCAUCAUGGAGCACAACGUGUCCUAUCCAAAGUCCAUGUCCAAAGAGGCAGUCUCUAUCUGCAAAGGGCUGAUGACCAAACACCCUGCGAAGCGGCUGGGCUGCGGGUCGGAGGGGGAGAGAGACAUCAAGGAACACGCCUUCUUCAGGAGGAUCGACUGGGACAGGCUGGAGGGACGGGAGAUCCAGCCGCCCUUCAAACCCAAAGUGAGCGGUAAAGGUGCAGAGAACUUCGACAAGUUCUUCACGCGCACUCAGCCAAUGUUAACACCGCCGGAUCAGCUGGUAAUCGCCAACAUCGACCAAGAAGAGUUUGAGGGGUUCUCCUACGUCAACCCCCAGUACGUCCCCCCCUCACUGCUGAGCGUGGUAUGAAGCUGAGAAGCAACCGUGCACAGAAAAAAAAACAGGAAGGAAGGAAGGAAGGAAGGAAGGAAGGAAGGAAGGAAGGAAGGAAGGAAAGGAAGGAAGACGUGUUUGCAAAAUCUCGAAUCCAGGAGCGAAUAACAAAUAGACAAAAAAAUAAUUUAACAGUCAUUUUUCAUACUGAAUCUAUGGAGAUAAGUGAAAAUAAAAAUAACAUGCAUAUCAUGGUGGAAAUAAAUAUGAUCAUAACCAGUGUGCAUUGCUGCCAAAGUUUGGAAUCUGAAUGGCCAUUAAACUAGAUUAAAAAAAAUAAUCUAUACACACUAUUCAUAACAUGCUUGGUUUGGACCACUGGAUUUUUCCAAUGGCUUUGUUCAUCUUGCUGUAUUUCAUAUUGUUCAUCUUGCUGUAUUUCACUGCAUACUUAUAAUGCUAAACCUGUGGUUCCAGUUACGCCCAGAGGGACCUGUUACUUUCUUGGCUCUUCCCAUUAUGAAUGCAAGUGGAAGUGCUGAGACUCGACAGUUAAAACCACAGCAAGACCAGUUAUUUUCAAACAGAGCUGAGCAACAAGGGAGUGUAGAAAGGAGUUUGUUUUGUACCGAUGGUAAUGAAAGUAUGGCCUGGAACAGGUUACAAUAGUGCAUCCUCAUUUUACAAACCAGUCUCUAUCCUUAAACAGUGAAUGCACUUGCACAGGCUACUGCCAAUUCAGUUGCAGGGCAUUUGUUGUCUUGACCGAGCCCAGGGUUGAUUAGUCAGAUUCAGCCAUGUAAGAAACUGGUGUGUGUGCAAGCUGGGUCAUUUUUGGGUGACAAACAUCAUAUUUACAUAUCUGUCUGUUUUUUUUUUUUUGUUUGUUUUUUUUAGAAAUUAUACAACCUUAUGAGCAAAUUCCUACUAUAUAUAUAUAUAUAUAUAUAUAUAUAUAUAUAUAUAUAUAUAUAUAUAUAUAUAUAUAUAUAUAUAUGCCAAAAUGCUAUCACUAGGAUUGUACAAGAAAUUUUACCAUACAGGUAUAAUGUAUAAUGCAAGUCAGUGGUUAAGGGAUCAACACUACUUGACUGCAGUGGGGACUUUCAAAGCUAAUUUGUAGAUGCAUUUGGGCUUUCAAGCAAGAACUGUACAAAGGUAUGUUGCAGUAUUGUCUCACACCAGAAUACACAGGAAUCUUCCUCUUCCGUGCCCCUUACGGUUUAAAAAAUAGUAUUCUAUGAAAGACACUGGAGAAAUGCCAUCUGCAUAUGGCGCUUUUUAAAAAUAGGAAAUCCCUAUUUUUUUAGUAUUUCUGUUUUUCAUACCAGAGCUUGAAAAUGUCACAUAUAACCUCCUACUGUUGCAAGUAGUAGCAGUAGCGUAUCUAUUUGGCUCAUAGCAGGGUUCAAUAAAAGGAGUGUCGAAGAAUCUUAUGAAGCUAAAAGCGAACCCACAUGUAGCUUUAAGGAAUGUAAACAAAGAGGUGGCAAGACAUUGGGAAAAUGCACUGCACUGCACUGUAGAAAUCAGGCAGCAACUGAAUGGAUCACUGUGGGGCUCUACAGCAGACCAAAGACUGCUAGAAAAUAUAAAAUAUUGCAUCUCACUUUGAAGAAACUGAAAAAAAUGAAGAGCACUUAGGGUUAUAAAAUAAAGUAAAGUAAAUCCAAAAACAUUUUAAAGAUGCUAAACAUACUGUACAUAAGGGAAAUGGAAAUGAAUGUGUAUGCAUCAUGCAGUUAACUUUGCAUGUUUGUGUUCAACCUCCAUACAGAGCUGUACUAACUAUAUAAUCCUAUCCAUGUAAAACAGAGUAUUAUAUUAGUCAAUUACACAUGUGCUAUAUAAAUUAGGUGUCAAGGGAUGAAGGUUUAUUCUUUGAGAUAGUACCUUAGGCUUGACUCAAUGUUUGUUUUUAUCCCCUCUCUCUCUGUCUUUCUGUUUAUUACAUAUGGCUUAUAUUUCAUUCAUGUUAAAUCAGUUACAUUUUUUGUAUUACAAAAAAAAAAUGGUUGUACUUUCAAAAGUUAUGGCAGCUUGCAGUUUUUAUACCAAUAACUGAAUGUGCUUUUAUUACAUUAGUCAGCUGAUAAUUUAAAUGGAAGACAGCCAUGGGGGAGGCAUGCUCUUCAAUGUUUUUUGCGCAUAUCUUGGAUUGAAUGCAUCUUUUUCUUGGUAUUAUCAGUGACUCAAACAGUUUUGCCUUCUGGAAAUGCAUGUAAAAGCCAGGCGCAUGCAGUAGCUGGUGUUGCAUGCACGGUUCGUACAAUAAACAGGGUCGCAGUUCUUACAGCAUGUCAGUUAAGUGUCAGACGGUGUCUGAUCUUUUACAAGCCGCCACCAUUGUUGAGAAAUAGAAAACAAAAUCACGUUUGUUCAUUCAUACCCUAGAUGAUGCUCGUGGGUCUUGAUUACAGGUUUUAUUUUUCUCCCUUUGGUUACUACAAUGCCAGACUAAAAAUAGAAAGAUUUGAGCAGGCAGUUACUACUUGGUCAAUAGGAAUAAUGACAGUGACGCAAUUUAGUUUUUAACAGCAGUUAUUAAGAGGCGAUUGGACUUUGGCUAGAGGCAUGCCUAGUUAGGAAAAGCCCAGUUGUUAUUACAGAAUGUUGCCAAUAUCGACUUUGCACUUAAAAACAAAGUUCCUCCGCCAAACAACGUCUCUCUUUGGACUUUGUGAUUUUAAAUAAAAUCAUAUUCAGAAGUGUAAGACCCUUGUAUCUCAACUCAAAUGAUAAUACAGGGUCCGUUAAAGCUAAGUGAACAUGAAGCCAUUGUUCCUGAAAAAGUGUUCAGGAUCUCUUUCUUCGAAGUCUGUUUUGUUUUAUACCAUGUGAAUGAAACCUGAUGUUCUUUCAGGUUGCCUUGGUCAGUUUUAGAGAACGUGCCAUUCUCGUCCAUUUAGCAAAUGUUGAUCUGCAUAUACCAUUGGUUGAGGGCUUUUUAUUUUAAAUAUUAAAAUCCCUAAAUCUGCUGCUUAGCCUCGCUGGAAAUAUUUAUUAAUUAUGAAAUGGUACAAAUUCUUCUUUUUUCUUUAUAUAUUCUUUGAAUCACUUGUUAUUUCAUCUAAUUUAGCAAUGCUGGAUAAUUCAGUGUAAAGUAUGCUGGCCAAACUAACGUCACCCCCUUCAAGUUACGUGGUUUAUAAUAUAACUGUUUAUAAACACAAAGCUAUUUAGACAUGGUUUAUGCUACUUGGUAACGUUUGUUUUGAGAGGUAUUCAAAAUGUAACAGUUAAUCAUUUUCUAAAAAACAAUAAAUACAUUCUUAUCAACGUUAUUGUAACAGUGUGACAAAGUACACAAUGCUUGACACUUACCUCUUUUAAAAGAAACUCUUUCAAUGCACUGAAGGCAGUUUUAUAUACAGUCAGAGGUACUGCACAAUUUAUACUUGCUGCACUUUGUGAAUCAAUUAACUUUUAAUAGAGAAGCCAAGCGCCAUUUGGGAAUGUGACGAUCCUGAGAUAUUCAUUUGGAACCAGGAGAAAGUUAUUUUCUUUUGUUAUUUCAUUGUAUUUUACAGGCUGCUCUUGAUAAAGUGCUCGUUCUUUUAACAAAUGAUUUAUUAACGAUCCUCUUUAUAGUACAUAUUCUUCUUAUUAUAAUAAUUGUUAUUGUUAUUAUUAAUUCUUUCUGAAUUCUGAACUAGUGCUUUCUCUUCAUUUGUUUUGCAUGUUAUGCUUUGGUCCCCUGUUAAUUGUAGUUUGAAGGAUAAUAUGUACAAAUAAAAAGUAUGAAUCUGUA